CUCCCUCUUCCUGAGUGGACUUUCUACCAGCGUUGAGGAGAGUCUGCUGACAGAGGACUGAGUUUUGGACAGGGACCUUCGCUCCGCAACGCAUGCAGGUCACACAGAGGACCACAGCCCCAUUCAGACUUUGAACCAGUCACGAGUGGAAGUGAGCUCGGCUAUUUGUUCGAAGGGCUCGCACUUCUCAGAAGCAUCCCACCGGGUCUCUCUUCUCGUCUUUUCCACGGGUAUCCAGCAACAGGUUGAGCCGCGGCGGAAAGAAGCCGAACAUGCCGAGUAAAAGCGAGUACCUGCGGCCCCGGCUCUGUACGCUGGAGAAAGGCGACAACGGCUAUGGCUUCCACCUCCACGGCGAGAAAGGAAAGACGGGCCAGUUCAUUCGGCUGGUGGAGCCCGACAGUCCGGCUGAAGCCUCGGGGCUCCUCGCAGGGGACCGGUUGGUGUUCGUCAAUGGGGAAGACGUGGAGAACGAGAGCCACCAGCAGGUCGUGGGCCGGAUACGAGCCGCCUCGAGCCGGCUGCAGCUCAUCGUAGUGGACCCGGACACGGAGCAGCUCCUGAAGAAACACAACAUCAAGUGUCUGAAGGAGUACGUCGACGACGGGCUCCCGCUACCUUUCCAGGACGAGGUGGGAGCGCAGGAAGAGGAGCAGCAGGUCGAGAAGGAGGAGGAGGUCAGGGGGACAGAAAACGGGGACGAACGGCGCACCGAGGAGGUCCAGGCGGAGGAGGAGCGAGGUGGGAUGUCCGGGGAGAGCACACCGGUACCGGACAGUAACGGAGAGAUUCACAGGGGCGUCGAGAGGAAGCUGAGCAUCAGUUCAGACAAGGAGGUGAGCCCUGAGCUGCGACCACGUCUCUGUGUGAUCCAGCGAGAGGCAAACGGAUAUGGCUUCAACCUGCACAGUGAGCGGGCGCGGCCUGGCCAGUACAUCAGAGCUGUGGAUGAGGACUCCCCUGCAGAGAGGGCAGGCCUGCAGCCCAAAGACAGGAUAGUCCAGGUGAACGGCGUGUCGGUGGAAGGCAAAACACACUCCGAGGUGGUGGCGACCAUUAAAGCCGGCGGGGACGAGACCCACCUGCUGGUGGUGGACCCUGAAACUGACGCCUUCUUCAAGAGGUGUAGAGUGGCCCCCACUGCAGACCACCUGACCGGUCCGCUACCAGAGCCUGAUGUCAACGGAGGAACGGAGGAGAAGGUAAACGGCAGGGGGGCCGAGAGGGACUCCAAGCUGUCCGUCAGCCCUUCUCCAUCCAACACCUCAUCCAACGCCUCACUCACCACCCCGACCACAAGCACCCCUCCCGAGGGUGUGGUGCCGGAGGCCAUCCCGGCUCUGAACAUGAGCCUGCAGCAGGUCAAAGAGCUGGCCCACCAGAAACGCUCCAAUAAGAGAGCCCCGCCCAUGGACUGGACCAAGAAAAAUGAACUCUUCAGCAACCUAUAGGGCCUUCAGCUCACGUGACACACACAUUUUUACAGGAGUGAUUCCCACAACCAUCAGAAAAGACACUUUUUAAGAGAGUUGUAUUCUAUAUUCCACGUCAUUGUAAUGUACUACUAACAAUGAAGGACAACUGGACUGUGUUGAAUGUGAGUGUGUGUGUGUGUGUGUGUGUGUGCGUGUGUAUGUGUGUUCUUCAACACCCACUCACCUGACAAUCAGCUUAUGGAUCAUUUAGUUUUAGAAGAUAAUCAGUCGGAGCGGAUCAAACGUCUUAAAUUCAUUCAUUGUUAACAAUUUGUGUCGUAGAGCUAAUUGCCACAUUUUUGUGAUGUAUUUCCCCCCAAAAAAGCGAGUCCCUAAUAGGGUAAAUGUCAUUGCUGUCCUCCUAGAAUGGGUUUUUAACUGGUGAAAACACGCACUGAUAGCUUUAAACAGGAAUGAUUUGAAAAGGGGCUUCUCUUAUAAUGUAUGUAUAUAUCAUAUAUCGUGUAUAUUUUUACAUUUUUGAUCAAAUCAACUCCGGAGCGAUCGGCUCAAGCCUCUCAUCUUUUAGUCUGUGAACGACGUGACUCCAGCUCAACAAGGUGUUGGUGUUGGUGAACUUAGCAUUCCUUUCUCAAAAUGUUAUUGCCAGAUCACGUCUGUCUAAAAGGAUGUUUGCGCUUCUCUAUCUUGUCUGCUUUUUUUGUUCCAGUAUUGAGAUUAUUUUCCAAAUGAAUGAUGGAGGUGUUGUGGUGCAAGGCAGCCUGUGUAAGCAGCGAGCAAAGAUUCUCUAUUGUAAUAAAGCAUUAUU